AUGUAUGAUCUAAUUCAUCUAGCUAAAAAGUGGCUGCAGCCGGAGACCCUAACAGGACCACAGAUUGUGGAGUGGAUAGUGAUGGACCGGUACCAUAAGUCUCUGCGUUCACCUUUGCGCAAAUGGUUAAGCCAUGCAGAGCAAACAACUGCAGAUCAGCUUGUGGAAAUGAUAGAGAGGUACAUUUCUGCCGAGGAGCUACACCUUGGCUCCCAAGGGAAAACUUCCUGGCAUACAGUACCUAGCAUGGUUCCUGCAUGGCAGUACGCAGCAGCAUACCUCGAUGACGUGGUUAUCCAUAGCUUGGAUUGGCAAUUCGAUCUACCUAGGGUACAGCCCAUGCUUGAUUCCAUACGUAUGGCAGAACUGACAGCCAACCCCAAAAAAUGUAGCAUAGGCCUGGAAGAAGCCAAGUAUCUGGGGUAUAACAUUGACUGUGCAGUGGCUCCAGCUGACAGAGUAGACUGUGGGUAUCCAGGCGUUACCACGGCUGACUGUACAGCACAGGGUUGCUGCUUUGAUUCCAGUAUCAGAAAUUCCUUAUGGUGCUUUUAUUCAGCUGAAGAUGGUCCAAUCAGGAAACUUGAAUGCAGUGGGGAUCCUAAAAAGAGAAUAGACUGUGGAUACCCAGGAGUAACGGAGAAACAAUGCAAGCAAAAUGGUUGUUGCUUUGAUAACAAAAUUUGGGGUGUUAAAUGGUGUUUCAAGAAGCAAAUAGGUAAGGCACAUUUUACAACAACACCACCACCAACAACAACAACAACAACAACAACAACAACACCAACACCAACUCAAAACUGUGCAGUGGCUCCAGCUGACAGAGUAGACUGUGGGUAUCCAGGCGUUACCACGGCUGACUGUAGAGCACAGGGUUGCUGCUUUGAUUCCAGUAUCAGUAAUUCCUUAUGGUGCUUUUAUUCAGCUGAAGAUGGUCCAAUCAGGAAACUUGAAUGCAGUGGGGAUCCUAAACAGAGAAUAGACUGUGGAUACCCAGGAGUAACAGAGAAACAAUGCAAGCAAAAUGGUUGUUGCUUUGAUAACAAAAUUUGGGGUGUUAAAUGGUGUUUCAAGAAGCAAACAGGUAAGGCACAUUGUAGAAACACAAGAGAAGUUGCUGGGCCACAAAUUUCUUCUCAGUCAGUUGAGCAAAAGCAUUGUGUUUAA